AUGUAUCGAGAUAGUUCAAGUGGUUCAAGCAAUUUAAGUAGUGGUUCAAAUGGUGGUCCCAAUAAUGUUUCAAGUAAUCAUAAAUCAAAUGUGGUUGGUUCAAGUAGUAGUUCAAAUGGUGUUUCAAAUAGUAAUUUAGAUGGUGAAGCAAGUACAGUUUCAAGUGGUGUUAUAUCUAUUAGUGAUUCAUGUGGUACUUCAAAUGUUUAA